AUGAUUGGUACUUUAAAAUUGAAAUGGCGUCAGUAUUUAGCAGCUUCCUUGGCAAGUUACGGCAGCCUGUGCACGGGCAUGUCGAUGGGAUGGACCUCCCCGGUGCUGCCACAGCUGCGGGGAGAGCGCUCCCCCCUGGCGGAACACCCCACGCUGCAGGAGGAGUCCUGGAUCGGGUCCUUGUUGGUGCUCGGAGGACUGUUGGGUCCCCUCAUAACCGUGCCCCUGUCAAGGCAGAUAGGCCGUCGAUGGAUCAUCAUGAGCACCAACCUGCCUCUGCUGCUGGGCUGGUUGCUGGCAGGCGUCGCCACUAACCUGGAGACUCUGUAUGCGGCGCGCAUCAUGUGGGGCUGCGCAACAGGAAUGCAGUUCGCCACCAUACCUAUAUACAUUGGAGAGAUCGCCGAGGAUAAAAUCCGGGGUUCCUUAAGCGCCUUAUUCUUACUGUUUAUCAACGUGGGCUUUCUGCUGGCGUACGCCAUCGGGCCGUUUACCUCGUACUGGGGACUCACGGGCACUGGCGGGAUCUUGUCGCUGUUCUACCUGCCCUUCACGUGGCUGAUACCGGAGUCACCGUUCUUUUUGGUGUACAAAGGACGUCUGGAUGAAGCAUCAGCAGUUCUUCAGCAGCUACGCGGCACCUCGAAGGAAGCAGUACAACCUGAGCUUGAUGCACUACAGGCGAUGAUCGCGCGAGAGUUCAAAGAGGAGCCUCGUAUACGCGACUUGUGGGCCACACGCGGAAACCUGAAGGCUUUGGGCAUAUGCGUGUUCCUCGCGAUGUUACUCCAGCUGUCAGGCAUCGAUGUCCUCCUAUUCUACAUGGAAGAGUUGCUGGCGAAGGUCGGAUCCAGCAUCUCCGCUGCACACGGCACCAUUAUCAUGGGUGUGGUGCAGGUGGUGACCAGCUGCGUGACGCCGCUGGUGGUAGACCGGCUGGGCAGGAAGCUGCUCAUGUGGACCACGUCUCUGGGCCUCACUGUAUUCCUGGGAUUAAUAGGAGUGUACGCAGUACUGGACUCGCAUUUCAAGGUGGAUGUCUCGCAUGUCGCUUUUAUACCGUUGGUGUGUUUAGUCUUCUACAUGAUACUCUUCACCUUGGGUGUGGGCCCGGUGCCGUGGAUCCUGGUCGCGGAGAUGUUCCCGGUGAAGACGAAAUGUAUUGCGAGCGGGAUCGCCUCAUUCAUGUGCUGGCUGGCAGGCUUCAUCUGGACCAGAUUCUUCCGCGACGUGGCUGCAUCAUACGGCAUAUACACCGCAUUCUGGAUACUAGCGAUAUGCUGCGGGUUCGGCUUCAUAUUCUCGGCCACGCUGCUGCCCGAGACCAAGGGGAAAACCUUCGACGAGAUUCAAGAGAUGCUCAACAAAAGGUGCGGUUCUAAACCUUGUGCUAACGGCUUAUGGUCUCACCUUUGAAUAUUUAUACGCCUAGUUAGAGUAUACCAAAUAAACCACGCAAUGUCAACGGCUCAUGUGACGCGUUAUGUGUGCGGGAGUAAUUUUAGAUUGAAAAUAUAAUUGGGAGAUAUACUCUACUACAAGUGAAAGUGUCCACCUAAUAGAAAGAGGAAGAAGAUGAGAGACCGCUAGCUUUUCUAUCUUAUCGCGCAUGCGCAUUGGCAACCGUAAGCAUCUUACUAUUUCGAUACCAUGCAUCAUGCCAUUGGACGCCAUGCAUCACAAGAGAGAGAGAGAGAUAACUGGCGGUCUCUCAUCUUCUUUUUCUUUCCACUAGACGGACACUUUUACAGCCGCCUUCCCCACUCUAUUCUUAUACCUCUAUGCUGUCAACGAGCUUAUCUAGCAUACCUCCGUGCAGUUAAUAGGAUAUCUAGGUGUUUAUAUAAUCAAAGGGUCGGUCUCAGUGUUAGUGUGUUGAGCAAAUUGAAUGCUUGUUAAAACGAUAUGUUCGUAUUCUGUUGUUAGAAGAAAAUGGCAGCGCCUAAUUUAAUGAAAGGAAGAUCUUAGAUUUUUGCCCAAUUUUGUACCUUGGUACAAAUUAUCUUAAAAAACAUUUAAAAUACUCAGUCAUCAAAAUCUCAAACAAAUUAAUAUAAUAAAAAUCUGAAUUAAAAUAGAGAAUCUGCGUAUAAAGAAACGUUAUUAAUUAGACGCAAUUUGUCAUUGACUGACAGAUGACAGAUAAUACUAUUGGUUUAAAUUCAUUUCCUUGAUUGUGAUUGGUUGUAUAAGAAAUCAUAUGAUUUCCGUAGCUAAUUGGUAUUAUCAUAAACAUACAUCUUUACCAUAAUAUAUUAUCUGUGUUGCCAUUUAUUGAAAUGUUUGAACGACAUUUUUAUGUGGUACAAGUGGAUAAUAAAUUCUAUUUAUAUUUUUGAUGAAUUCAGCGUAUUUUUCUACACAUAAAUGCAUGGUAAUACUUGAGGUACAAAGGACAAUGUUAAAGUUGGCCUAAGAACCAACACCAAU